UCGGUGGCUGAAGCCAUCCUUGCCCCUGGAAGGACACCCUGAAAGACAAUCUGAUUUGGUAAUCCAAGACGCUCCUGCAAUGCAGCCAGCCCUGAACAGCAGGGGGCAGUCUGGAGCCGAAAGGUGCCUUUGCAGGUGAGACCCGCGGCCAGGUUUCUCCUGCUGACUGUCCCGGUGACUCACACCCCCUUCCCGUCCCAGCCCUUUUACCUUUAAGGUAGAGCCGGAAAGGGUGUGGCGAAGACGAGGAGGAGGCAGGGCCCAGGCCCGCUCAGACCACGCCCAACCCUUCUCAGGGCCAUGCCACCCCAGCCAAAAGGCAGAGCCAGAGGCACGGGAGCCGCAGAACCCAGCGUUACUCUCGAGACAGCCAGUUCGCCCGUCUCUCUGUCCAUCCUCGCAGUCAUGGAGAGAGCCAGUCUGAUCCAGAAGGCUAAGUUGGCCGAACAGGCCGAACGCUAUGAGGACAUGGCAGCUUUCAUGAAGAGCGCCGUGGAAAAGGGCGAGGAGCUCUCCUGCGAGGAGCGAAACCUGCUUUCCGUAGCCUACAAGAACGUGGUGGGCGGCCAGAGAGCGGCCUGGAGGGUCCUGUCCAGCAUCGAGCAGAAGAGCAACGAGGAGGGGUCAGAAGAGAAGGGCCCCGAGGUGAAAGAGUACCGGGAGAAGGUAGAGACGGAGCUCAGAGGUGUGUGCGACACCGUGCUCGGCCUGCUGGACUCCCACCUCAUCAAAGGGGCUGGAGAUGCAGAGAGCCGCGUCUUCUACCUGAAGAUGAAGGGUGACUACUACCGCUACCUAGCCGAGGUGGCCACUGGCGAGGACAAGAAGCGCAUCAUCGAUUCUGCCCGGUCAGCCUACCAGGAGGCCAUGGACAUCAGCAAGAAGGAGAUGCCGCCCACCAACCCCAUCCGCCUGGGCCUGGCCCUGAACUUUUCAGUCUUCCACUACGAGAUAGCCAACAGCCCCGAGGAGGCCAUCUCGCUGGCCAAGACCACCUUCGACGAGGCCAUGGCCGACCUGCACACCCUCAGUGAGGACUCCUACAAGGACAGCACCCUGAUCAUGCAGCUCCUGAGAGACAACCUGACGCUGUGGACAGCCGACAGUGCUGGGGAAGAGGGUGGUGAGGCUCCGGAGGAGCCCCAGAGCUGAAGCAGCCAAAACCGCCCCGGCCCGCCUUGCCCUCCAGUCCCCAGCCUGCAGAGAGGACUAAAACGGAGUGGGACUCUGCCCUUCCCAAACCCUGAAUGUUCAGCCACACCUUGGAAGGCUCCUUCGAAGGGGGCGCAGCCAAGCUGAAGCCACCAGGGCGGGGAAUCUCACUCUUCGUGUAGCUUGUCUGGUGGGUGUUCCCAACCCAUCCCACCCCUGCUCUCUGCACCCCCUCCCCACUUCCUCCCCCUGAGCCUCCCUCGGGCACCUGUUGCUUCUGGAUCCGAAUAAUCCAGGAGGCUCCCCACCCUGUGGCUGAGAACUGGACUGUGGCAAGGGCUGUGUGUGUGAGAGAGAGAGAGAGAGAUUCUGUGUGUGUGUGAGAGAGAGAGAGUGAAUGAGAGGGAACACGUUUGCUGGGUGUGACCAUGCUACCACUCAAUAAAGUUGCCCUGUGACACUC